GUCAUUUUAUUCAAAUUAAUUUUACUGCUAGAAUAAAGUUCGUAAAAAUGAAAGUUGCAGUGCAUUGUGGGCCAUUUUAAGCGCUCUGAGGUGCUGAAGGAUCCACAGGUGCAUCUUUGGUAAAGACAUAAGGACAUGAGGUUUUGUGUGGAGCAUCACUUGGCAGAGUCUGAUCAUGUAGAUUCCUCUGAGCCGGAGAUCCUGGACAUUUGGAAACUCCCUUUAGUCCCAUUUCCAAAAGUUCCUCCUGUGGUGCUGCUCUAAACCCUGUGCCAGAGCACUCCCCCCAGUGGUCCAGUCCGCUGCAGCCACGCAGCUCCAUCAUGGCGGCUCAGAUCCACACUCUGGUCUCGGCCAAGUGGCUCUUAGAUGCCAUUAAAAAGAAUCGCAUCGGCCCAAAGCUCCGGCUCCUUGACGCGUCGUGGUACCUGGCGAAAACCAAGCGCGACGCCAGAGCUGAGUUCGUCCGGACGCACAUCCCCGGAGCCUCCUUCUUUGACAUCGAUGACUGCUGCGACAAGAACACGGAGCUGGAUCACAUGCUUCCAACUCCAGAGCGUUUUUCUGAGUACGUGGAGGAGCUGGGCAUCGGGAACGAGACGCACGUUGUGGUUUACGAUACGCACGACGUCGGAGCGUUCAGUGCGCCCCGGGUUUGGUGGAUGUUCCGUCUGUUUGGGCACAACACGGUGUCAGUUCUGGACGGAGGAAUGAAGAACUGGCUGCACAAUAAGUACCCCGUGACAGCAGAGUACACGAAACCCGAGCCUCAGAAGUUUAAAGCCUCACAGAAUAAGUCCUGGGUCAAAAACUAUGAAGAUAUUCUAGAAAACGUCCAGACGAGGAAGGUGCAGGUGGUGGAUGCCAGGUCCGCGGGCAGGUUCAGGGGCACAGAGCCAGAGCCCAGGGACGACGUCCUGCCUGGUCACUACCCCGGUGCGAUCAACAUCCCCUUUUACUCCAUCUUCAACCAGUCUGGGGAAGUGAUGCCGACUGAAGAUUUGGCAAAGCUGUACAAAGAGGCGGGUGUGGACGUCCAGAAGCCGCUGUGGACCAGCUGUGGGUCUGGGGUCACCGCUUGUGUCAUUAUUUUAGGCGCUCACCUGCUGGGACACCCGGGGCCCUGCCUGUACGACGGCUCCUGGACUGAGUGGUUUAAAAGAGCUCCUGCAGAAUACAUCGUCUCUGAAGGACAAGACAAGUCAAAGUAAAUCAUUUUAGUGUUUAGUUUUGUAACACGUUUAGACAAAUGCUCUAAAAUCUAUCAGAUGUUUUAUUUUUGCAAAAGCUUUGGGGUAAAUUACCAAAGUGCCUCUGUUACGUAAUCGUCGCUUGUCUCUAACACAAGAGGAAGACGAGGUUGAGCAGUAAACUGAGCAAUUUAAAUCCAAGAUGUCUUAAUAUAUGUUGCAAGAUGUGUAGGAUUUAUCU